UCCCUCUCGGGGCCCCGUCACCCUCCGAGCAUUCCGAUUGGCGGAGAAGACUAUGGGACCUGGAAGUUGUCUUUGUCCGGGGAGGGCUGCCCUUCCGGUUCCGUUGGGUCCCCCUUUGGCUCGGGUACCCUGCCCCUCCCCCUUCCCGGAGCCCCGAGGGGCCGGAGCUCCUGGCCGUGCCGAGUCCUGACAGCGGCUUUUCCCGGGGGUCUGUCUGCCAAAAUGUCUGAAAGAUCAGAUCUCCUUCACUUCAAGUUUGAAAAUUAUGGAGAUUCAAUGUUACAAAAAAUGAACAAAUUAAGAGAAGAGAAUAAAUUUUGUGAUGUUACAGUUCUCAUAGAUGAUAUUGAGGUUCAGGGGCAUAAAAUUGUGUUUGCUGCAGGUUCCCCUUUCUUAAGAGACCAGUUUUUACUGAAUGAUUCCAGAGAGGUGAAAAUCUCCAUAUUACAGAGUUCCGAAGUGGGGAGACAAUUGCUAUUAUCCUGUUAUAGUGGUGUGCUCGAAUUCCCUGAGAUGGAACUGGUAAAUUACUUGACUGCUGCGAGUUUUCUUCAGAUGAGCCACAUUGUAGAACGGUGUACACAGGCCCUGUGGAAGUUUAUAAAGCCAAAACAACCAAUGAAUAGUAAAGAGGGAUGUGAACAGCAGAGUGCUUCUCCCCAGUCGAAAGAACAGCAGGGAGAUGCCAGAGGCUCCCCAAAACAGGACUCAUCUUGUAUUCAUCCAUCUGAAGACAGUAUGGAUAUGGAGGACAGUGAUAUUCAGAUUGUUAAGGUGGAAUCUAUUGGGGAUGUAUCAGAGGUUAGAAGUAAAAAAGAUCAAAACCAGUUUAUUUCUUCUGAACCCACUGCUUUACAUUCAUCAGAGCCCCAGCACUCCCUGAUAAAUUCAACUGUGGAAAACAGAGUAGGUGACAUAGAACAAAAUCAUCUCCACAAUUAUGCCCUCUCUUACACAGGCAGUGAUAACAUCAUCAUGGCCUCAAAAGAUGUCUUUGGGCCUAAUAUUCGAGGUGUAGACAAAGGCCUACAGUGGCAUCACCAAUGUCCAAAGUGUACCAGGGUGUUUCGUCACCUGGAGAACUACGCCAACCAUUUAAAAAUGCACAAACUCUUUAUGUGUCUACUCUGCGGCAAGACUUUUACUCAGAAAGGCAACCUUCAUCGACAUAUGCGUGUACACGCCGGCAUUAAACCUUUCCAGUGUAAGAUCUGUGGGAAAACCUUUUCGCAGAAGUGUUCCUUACAGGAUCAUCUUAAUCUUCACAGUGGAGAUAAGCCCCAUAAAUGUAACUAUUGUGACAUGGUUUUUGCACAUAAGCCAGUUUUGAGGAAACACCUUAAACAGCUGCAUGGCAAAAACAGCUUUGAUAAUGCCAAUGAAAGAAAUGUGCAAGACCUCACAGUGGACUUUGAUUCUUUUGCAUGUACAACAGUCACAGACUCUAAAGGGUGUCAGCCACAGCCUGAUGCAACACAGGUCCUGGAUGCAGGUAAACUGGCCCAAGCUGUCCUGAACUUAAGGAAUGAUAGUACUUGUGUGAAUUGAAUAGGGGCUUCAUGCUCACUAGAAGUGACUGAGAACUGGGCAAUAGUCUGAGUCUUUGUAGGAGUGACUUUGCUAGUUUGACUUCUCCAGAGCUCUGUUAUACAGGUUGUGGGAGCUAAGUCAAAGCACUAAUCAGGCAGCUUACCACAUGAAGUGGUCUUGCCUUCCUUUUGCCCACUUCCAUUUUUUGUUCUGAAUUAUUUAUCUGGUGAUGUCUAUUUUCCUUUCCCAAGAAGUAUCCCAUCUGUCUACCUAACACUGACUUGUCUUUCAGACUGACACUAUUUUAGGCUUUUCACUGGGAACAUUCUGAAGGUACCAACAAAUUAAUAACAUAACCUACUCUCCACUAAGAGAUCCUAUGCUAAGAGAAGUGAAUGAUAUUUUUCUUUGGCAGAAAAUAGGCUGAGGUAUAAGGUAAUACUGUUAUUGACCUGAAAUGAAUAUGUGGUAGAACUUCUGGUUGUGUGUUGAUAAUUCAUCCAUGUCUGGUCAAUGAAUGAAUCUGCUUCUUACCAUUUGUACUUGUCUUAGGGUUUGGUUAUAAAGAAAGUAUUUUGGUUUAUUCUGUACCCUUUUCAACAGUAUUAUGGCCCAACUUCAUGUCUUUGAAUUGUUCAUGUAAACCAGAGUACAAUAUUUUCAGCAACACUUGCAGACACCUAGUUAGGGAUCAGCAUGAGGAGUAUAAUCAGCAAAAGACAGAAGUAUGAUUAUGCAACAGCACUUACAUGGGAGGUAUUCCUGGUAGGACAUCCCACCAAGAGGCCAGAUAUUUAUAAUUAAUGUGUCAUUUACCUGUUGAGGAAACCCUGGUGGCGUAGUGGUUAAGUGCUACGGCUGCUAACCAAAGGGUCGGCAGUUCAGAUCCUCCAGGCACUCCUUGGAAACUCUAUGGGGCAGUUCUACUCUAUCCUAUAGGGUCACUAUGAGUCAGAAUCGACUCGACGUCACUGGGUUUGGUUAGGUUUUGGUUACCUGUUGAUGGCUUUUUAAGUCAGGAUUGCUCCAGGCACACUUAAAAUGUGCUUAAGUAUAAUGGUCUCUCUAAAAAAGAGCUAUUUGGGAGUGUCUAAACUUAGUUUGGGAGCCCUGGUGGCACAGUGGUUAAGAGCUAAGCUGCUAAUGGAAAGAUUGGCAUUUCAAAUCCACCAGCUGCUCCUUGGAAACCCCAUGGGGCAGUUCUACUCUGUCCUAACAGGUUGCUAUGAGUCAGAAUCAACUCAAUGGCAAUGAGUUUAAUGGGUUAAACUUUGGUUCAAGGCGUGCUGGUGGUACAAUGGUUAAGCACUUCGCUGCUAACCAAAAUGUCAGGAGUUCAAAACUAUUGUGAGAGAAAUAAUGUAGCAAUCUGCUUCUGUAAAGGUUAAAUAGCCUUGGAAACCCUAUGGGGCUGUUCUACUCUGACCUGUAGGGUCACUAUGAGUCAGAAUUGACUGGACAACAGUGGGAACGGGAAAAUUUCGUUUCAGAGUUUAGCCAUCAGAAAAGUGAGUUAGUCUAUCAGAGUUUGUCCAAUGUACUAAAAUAAUCUCAUUUCCUAGUAUACCUUAAUUUCUAAAAUCUAUGAAAAAAGUGAGUCAUAAGAGGGGCAAUCAAAAUUUUGCAUUUAGAUUUUCCUCUUGAAGGUAUACAGUUCCACCUCCCCACCUCUGAUAGAUCGCUAAUACAAAGUUGAUCUUCAGCACAUGUUAUACUUCAGAAAUAAAUGUUUGAAUGUUACUUUAUUCUGUCCCAGGAGUUAGAUUUAGAUAACAAGAGUGCUAGCGUCCUUAGAGAAUGUUAAAGAGAUUAUGUACUCCACCUCUUUCAUUUUAAGUUGAAACAUCCAAAGCCCAAAGAGGUGGCCUGGUCAAGGUAGAUACGUGAUUAAACGCAAGCUAAUGUUUCCUUACUUAUUCCUACUAUCCUUGGCUUAAAAAGAUCUAGUACAUGAUCAAGAAAAAUACACUAGCAAAAAGCUCUCAGCUUUUUUACUGAGACUUUGUGAACAAAAUAUCACAGAGGGAUUUAUUUAUGUUAGUUAAUUGUUUUCUGGUUAGAAUGAGUAUUACACCCUUCCCAAGCAAGUGACUGAUUUGCUGGGUGUUGGUUAGGGAAGGAAAGGGCAUUAUUGGCAAGUUAGAAUAAUGUGAGUAUGAUCUAAAUGUGAAAUUCAUUUUGUCUGAAAACAGUGUUUAUUAGUUUCCAUCAAGCUUUUCUGUUAUUUUUGAGCUUUGAGAGUGCAUACACAGACAAACCAAAAAUUAGGCUUAAUUUGUACAGUUGGAGGGAAUUCUUAAGGUUGUUAUAAUUUGAUGAAUUUGCAUGUGAAUAUGAUUUGAGGUAUAAUUUCUAUAAUUUGUUCAAAUAUUUAAAAUAAUACAGUUGAGUGAUAAGACCAAUAGGUACCUUAUACCUGAAGUCACUCAUUAUAUAGUCUAAUGAUGCUUGCUAGCAUUCUGAUUUUUAUACAGUCCAGCCAAAGAGUACCCAUUCUAUGCAAUAGUAAGGCACUAACAUAUCAAUCAACAUUUUGCAUUUUUUCUGAACAUCAUUUUUCACAGAGAAAUUCCAAAUUGGAGUGCUUUUAUUGCUUACAGUUAUGUCUGGUUUGUUGUCUCUUUUUUGUUAUUGUUGUUGUUUUUUAAGCUGUUUGAAGACUAAUAAGCGUGGGUUCAAAUAAGAUUGGUCUCUGGCUGGAGAUUGUUCCUGGGUUCAGUUAGUCAUUCAAGAAAUAUUUCCUAGACACCUACUCUUGCCAGGCACUAUACAAAACACAAAACACCUACUGGCGUAUACAAAACACUGUGGAUAUGAAGGUAAGAUUGAUACAGUCACUGUCCUCAGGAAGCUUGUAGGCUCAUGUGAUCUUAGUGACACAAUGUCUCAAUCUGAUUUUAUACCAGCAAUAAUAAAACUGCCUUGCUUUCUUUUGGAGGCCUCCGGGUGCAGUGUUUAAGAGCUUGGCUGCUAACGAGGUCAGCAGUUUGAAUCCACCAGCCACUUCUUGGAAACCCUAUGGGGCAGUUCUCCUCUGUCCUAUAGCGUCUCUAUGAGUUGGAGUUGACUCAACGGCAACAGGCUUUGGGUUGCUUUCUUUUGAUCACUUAAAAUCGGCAUCUUGAUAGUUUUGUCUCAUUAAGGCUUUUUCUUCUCACUUUUUCCAAAUACAAAUCACUGAAGUGAUUUAGUUUCCUCCGUUUCUUGACUGGAGAGGCGUUAUGUUUCUGUGAGACAUUUUCUUAAUUUUGGUGAGACCCUAAUAUCUCUCCUUUUUUUGUUUAUACAUGUUGCUUAGAUUGUAUUGCAAAAUGGUCAAGUUACUGAUAUCAAAUAUGUUUUAUAGGGGAAGAUGACUUUCAAAACUAGUCAGAUCCCUGUACAGGAGGAGGAUUUUUAAAACUUUAGUCAUUCAUCAUUCAUAUUUUAUGGAUCCCCAGGAUAACUAAAAAGGACUUAUUUUAUCAUAGUUUGGUUAAAAAAAAAAUUACUGUGCCUCAGUUAUUUAUUUAUUAUUUAAUUUUAAACACAAACUCCAAACUGAAGUGGGUCUGAGGUAAAUCACAUGUGGUUUUAAUUUGUUUAGUUUUUUUAAAUUAGAAGAUCUAUAAAUAGGAGUGAUUAGUAUCACAACUUCUAAAAUAUUGUCCUAAAUAACCAACCUAGACCAUCUUAUUUCAGCUCAUGAAUAGCUGCUCUAAAUCUGUUGUAUGUUAGACAUACUAUGAACUACCUCUUCACUUAUUAUGAGGAAAUUUCCUUAAUAAAAGUGUGAUAAUUAAA